AUGUCUGGAUGUUGUCGCAGUUGCGGUUCAACAGACUUCACUCUUGUCGACGGAUUCUUUUACUGCGCCGUAUGCAACACACAAUCAGAGGUUCUUCGCGAGUUCGACCAUGAAGAAAGCGGUAAUGCUAUUGCAUCUGCUGCAGCCACCAAAUUACGCCAAAAGAAAAAAGGCCCAGCGGUGAAUCGUGACAAGGGCGAAAAGAAUUCGGAGGUAUAUCGUUUCUGCCUGUCUGUAUUAACAAAUAUUUGA